AUGCUCGGCUUCCUCUCGGCGACGGACAAUGACAUCGACCGCUCGUGGCGCCUCUGCAUGAUCGUGCCGGCGGCCCUCCACGAGCUCGCGAAGAUGAUGAUGUCGCGCAAGAAGCGGCGGCUCUACGACCGGAUGCAGCACGGCAUCCAGAAGAAGGCGGUGGCCGCGGACGCGCUGCGCGCCAAGCGCGCGUCGCUCGAAGCCGCCGCCGCGAGCGCCAAGCCUCCUUCCGGCAAGGCCAAGGGCGGCGGCAAGUCCGCCCGGCGCAAGGCGUGA